UUGAAUCUAAUUUAAUAUCUUAUGAAAUGUCACUCGUUUUCUGUGAUAAACUAAAUCAUUGAUUCAUUUAAAUACUUUAUUAUUGAAAUUUAGUUAUUGAUUGUUAUUAUAAUAAUAAUAAUAAUAUUAAUUGCAUUGAAUGGCUAACAGACGGACAACACAUCAGUCAUUUAAUCCAAACAAUGGAUAUACCGGUGAAUCUGGUUUUGAUGAUAUGGAGACCCAAAACAAUCAACUCAUUGAUGGACUCAGAAGUAAAGUGGGAACUCUUAAAUCGUUGACUCUAGAUAUGGGCGACGAAAUCAAAGAUCAGAACCAUUUCCUUAAAGAUAUGGACAAUACAUUUGACUCGAGUUGGGGUCUGUUGUCAUCGUCACUAUCGCGGGUCAAACGUUUGGCCAAUUCUGGCCAAAAUCGACACAUUCUUUAUAUUAUUUUGUUUUCAUUUUUUGUUUUCUUUGUCAUAUAUAUUAUUAUGAAAUUUAGAUAAAAUUGAUUCAAAUGUUGAUUUAUAUGUCUAUUUUAAUA